AUGGACCCCCAACAAGGAGGCGGCCACCAAGACAAGAUGGCCGGACUCACCGAAGCCGACCAGAACAUCAACAACACGACCGAGGACGUUAGCAACCAGGCGCAAGGUCACAAGGCGAACCUGAGCAACCCGAACACAAGCGACGCGUCUAAGGAGCAUUCGAAGCAAGUGCUGAAGGACCUCGGCGGCGAGAAGGCGUUCUAUGGGAAGCAGGGCAAGGGGGAGUAA